AUGUCGUCCACGACAGCGCCGUCCAUCCACGUCGAGACAAAGUACGUUCCGCCGUCCGACUCGACGCUGCCCGCGCUGGCGCUGCAGGUAACGCGUCUGGUUGGGUCGUACAUGCUAUGGGUCGGCACGACCGAAGGCCCGUCCGAAGAAGUUGAUACAGCACCUUUGCACGGAUCUCUGGCUAAAGAUUGGGCAUGCGCCAUGCCCCCAAUCAGCUCGGCCUCGCAGGCCUCGGGCACGUCCAUCUUCGCUUCCCCCAAUGCGGAUUUCGCGCUUGCCAUGGCUCAGCGUCUGGCAACGCGUUUCAAGAAACAGAUAUUCUUAUCGAUUGACGUGCCGCCAGCCUUUGUCUCCCUGGGCCAGGCGCCAAGGCUGCUUCUCGCGGUGGAGAGGGCCAUCGUCGGUGCCCUCAAAGAGAUGGAGCAGCUUCAGUAGCCGAGCAGUCGUAACAUGCCUCAUGCUGCGUGUAUUUACUUGGAACGGUAGUAUUAGGCUGGCUAUCAGCGUCGCAUGCUGCGUGGUUGUAUAGUAGAAACAUGAGACUAGAAAUGCAACAAGGCUGGGAGCUGUGGCUUGAGGCCGUGUAUAAGAUGU